CUCCUUUAACCUAUUGAACUGACCUGGAAGAGCUCUCCUUCACGAUCAAGAUGCCAAAAAAUACGUUCGCGUCCUGGAACAGCUGGCCUUUUAUGAUAACAACACAACCGACGAUACCUGCGACAAUUCUCCAUUCAACCCAGCAGCAAUCCCCUCUUUUUCGACUUCCCCGUGAGCUCCGCGAUUUGGUAUAUCAAUAUUACGUUGCUGAGCGAGAGGGUUACUUUUACGAUGCCCGAACUCGGACCAUAUCAUCUCAGUCUGGAUUUACCAUACGCCUCAGUUUGCCUGCCACUUGCAAAAUUGCAGCCAAAGAGUUGAGGGGCAUUGCCUUUCAAAAUAACACGAUAAACUUCAAAACACUGUGCUCAACAGAUGAUGGGGGUCAGCACCUUGGGUUGCGGUCCAGGGCUGGAAGACUAAAGUGCCUGCUCUUGUAUACGCAGAUACAAAGGAUUCGCAUGGUCAUCUCCGUCGCGAGGCUGCUCAAAGCAGAGGAUCUCGCUCACAUUCAUGAGAAUUAUCCCGCCCACAGCCACUGGUUCGACUUUCCGUUACAACAUGCUAUUGAGCAGCAGAGCGAUCACUUGUCUGGCAAUUGUACACCCUAUGAUAGACAUGAAGUCAUCGGGGACGACGAGUUCGAUAAUGUACUCCAGUAUGCUCUGGAACUUGCGAAAGCACGAGAUCCAUCAGAAUUUGCUGCCAGAAUGUCAAAUCUAUAUGGAGUCGGUCACUCUCCCCUGCAAAAGGGUCUUGGUGGCGCAUGGAGGACUCUUUUUGAAGAAGGUGCUUUCGCGGCAUGCUAUACUUGGAGGCCUGCUACGUGGUCUAUCCCCGACGAACGUGAGCUAGAGUCGAUGGAGACACUGCUGACUCGACCCUGGACACUGGACGAACAACUCGCUGUGACGACUCCUCGUGAUGUUUUCCAGGACCUUGAUGCUCACAAAUGGGCCCAAGAAACCAAAUGGUUCUUCUCCGCUGCAGCUGUGGCUAUCGAUUUCUUACGUAGAUUAUCAUUCAGAACACGGCAACACAUGCGCAAAAUCACGCUUCACGAGGAUUUCAAAGCUGUAUCACGCCCAGAGUGUCAUGCUGAAGGCUUGAUACCAUUCUGCUCCGAAAAUCCACGCCUUCGCAUCGAACGACGAAUUGGCUUCCUCAGCAACCUGCUACCGCUGGCCAACCACCAUCUUGACCGCAGGAGUGAGGAUGAGAUAUGGAACUUUAUCUUCGGUGGUGAAUGCCUAGAGGCAUUCGUAGGAUGGGUCGAGGAGGUCUGGAAGCUGCGUGCUCGUGGUAUGCCCACACAAUGCUUUGUGCUCGUCAUCGAUGGUACGACGAGCCCACGGGAAUCAUCAGAAGCGUGGGAGUUUGUGAAAUAUGCGGCGGCCAUGCAAGAGGGUAUGCUCGAGUACUGCCAGCGGCGAAAUAUCUCCCCAAAUCCGAGGGAGCAGGAUCGAGAGAUUACCUUUCGGAGUUAUCCCUUACCAUGGCAUCUUCCUGCACGCUUCUCACAGACAGUUCGGGCUAUGAUUAACGGCACAGGAUGCAUUCACUUCACAGGGGAUACUGGUGAGGCCUGGGAUGGCAAGGCGUUCAUCGAGGCGCGUAAGGAUUGGACUGUAGAAGAAUGGAGGAAGGAAUGGAAGAAGCAGGUCCUUGACAAAUGUAUUACUACGCCGUUUUGUGGGAUAGUGCGACAGCGGUAUAGCCACCCCUCUUGAAGCCACUCUGUAAGAGCUCGCACUCGUCAGAGCUAGGUGGCCUAAGUAGAUAGUAUGGUUUAGGUGUCUAACAGCCGAAAGAUUUAUGAUCAAUCAUGAAUGCAUC